GGUGUUGCUGAGCCAGAUCCUGACACCUCAGCAACCUCUGAAGAGCUUCUGGAGUGCACCGAGGAAAGAGCAGUCAACACAGGUGCUUGAGACAUGACUCCUACUGUCCUCUUGGCCAUCCUGUGCUUGGGAGUGGCCUCAGCUGCUCCAACACCAGAUUACAGUUUGGAUGCUGAGUGGGAGGCGUGGAAAAGGAGCUAUGAUAAAACAUACAGCCAAGAGGAAGAAAAACAGAAGAGAGCAGUAUGGGAAGAAAAUGUGAAAAUGAUCAAACUGCUCAGUAUGGAGAAUGGCCUGGGGAUGAGCAACUUCACUGUAGAGAUGAAUGAGUUUGGUGACUUGACUGGUGAGGAAAUGAGGAAAAUGAUGACAGAGAGUUCGGUUCUGACUCUAAGGAAUGGGAAACGCAUUCAGAAACGAGGAGAUGUCAAAGUCCCCAAAACUUUGGAUUGGAGAAAAGAAGGCUAUGUGACUCCUGUACGGAGGCAGCUAGGUUGUGGUGCAUGCUGGGCUUUUGCUGUGGCUGGUGCCAUAGAAGGACAGAUGUUCAAGAAAACAGGCAAACUGACCACCCUGAGUGUACAGAACCUAGUGGACUGUUCUACAUCUUAUGGCACUAAUGGCUGUAAAGGAGGCAUAAUGUAUGGUGCCUUCCUAUAUGUGAAGAACAACGGAGGUCUGGAGGCUGAGGCAACCUACCCAUAUGAAGCAAAGGAAGGACGCUGCAGGUACCGUCCUGAACAUUCUGUUGUUAAGAUCUCACGCUUUUUGGUUGUCCCAAGGAAUGAAGAAGCCCUAAUGAACGCUCUAGUGACUAAUGGGCCCAUUGGUGUUGGAAUUGAUGCUGCACACGAAUCUUUUAAAAAAUAUAAAGGAGGCAUAUACCAUGAGCCUAACUGCAAACGUGAUUCUCCUAAUCAUACGGUGCUAUUGGUUGGCUAUGGUUAUGAAGGCAAGGAGUCAGAGGGAAGGAAAUAUUGGCUGGUAAAGAACAGCCAUGGAGAUAAUUGGGGAGAAAAUGGGUACAUGAAGAUCCCCAGAGACCAGAACAACUACUGUGGAAUUGCUUCCUAUGCCAUGUACCCUAUAUUGUGA